AUAUUCACCCGUUGAUUUCUCUCAACAAACCAUAAGGAUAUCGGCACCCUCUAUUUACUGUUUGGUGUCUGGGCCGGCAUGGUCGGCACCGCAUUAAGUCUUCUUAUUCGCGCUGAACUGAGUCAGCCCGGUGCCCUCCUCGGCGACGAUCAGAUUUACAACGUCAUUGUCACCGCCCACGCAUUCGUAAUAAUUUUUUUUAUAGUAAUACCGGUCAUGAUCGGCGGCUUCGGUAAUUGACUCGUACCCCUUAUAAUCGGCGCACCUGACAUGGCCUUCCCACGAAUAAACAACAUAAGCUUCUGACUUCUGCCCCCCUCUCUACUACUUCUACUCGCCUCCUCUGGAGUGGAGGCCGGCGCUGGCACCGGUUGGACUGUAUACCCCCCACUCGCAGCAAACCUCGCACACGCCGGCGCCUCCGUCGACCUCGUUAUCUUUUCAUUGCAUUUGGCCGGGGUCUCGUCAAUUCUUGGUGCAAUCAACUUCAUUACCACCUGUAUUAAUAUAAAAUCCACACCUAUAACACAAUACAACACGCCCCUGUUUAUUUGAUCAGUUCUAAUCACUGCCGUACUACUCUUGCUCGCUUUGCCAGUAUUAGCGGCCGGAAUUACCAUACUUCUAACCGAUCGUAAUCUCAACACCACUUUUUUUGAUCCAGCUGGGGGCGGCGACCCCGUACUGUAUCAACAUCUAUUUUGAUUCUUCGGUCACCCAGAGGUAUAUAUUUUAAUUCUCCCCGGUUUCGGCAUAGUAUCUCAUAUUAUCACAUAUUAUGCAGGGAAAAAGGAGCCCUUCGGCUACAUAGGAAUGGUCUGAGCCAUGAUAUCAAUUGGCUUUUUAGGCUUUAUCGUAUGGGCCCACCACAUAUUUACCGUAGGCAUAGAUGUGGACACACGGGCCUAUUUUACCUCUGCAACAAUAAUUAUCGCAAUCCCAACAGGGGUAAAAGUGUUUAGCUGACUAGCCACUCUGCAUGGGGGCAUAAUCAAAUGGGACACCCCCCUAUUAUGAGCAAUGGGUUUUAUCUUCCUCUUCACUGUGGGCGGACUUACUGGAGUUAUCCUAGCCAACUCAUCAUUGGACAUCGUCCUACACGACACCUACUAUGUAGUUGCACACUUUCACUAUGUCCUAUCAAUAGGCGCUGUGUUUGCUAUCAUGGGGGGCUUUGUACAUUGAUUUCCACUAUUUACAGGAUUUUCACUUCACCCAACAUGAACAAAGGUCCACUUCGGAUUAAUGUUUAUUGGCGUCAACCUCACAUUUUUCCCACAACAUUUCCUAGGUCUCGCCGGCAUACCACGACGAUAUUCGGACUACCCAGAUGCUUACACAUUAUGAAACGCUGCCUCCUCAGUUGGCUCCUUAAUCUCUAUAGCAGGAGCAAUAAUCAUAACCUUUAUUAUCUGGGAGGCACUAACUGCCAAGCGCACUCCAACACCCACAACACUUGUAUCCUCAAACCCAGAGUGACUAUACGGCUGCCCACCGCCAUACCACACCCAUGAAGAACCAAUCUUAACCCACACACCUCUUAAAAGA